GCCUGAAUGCCAAGCGUCACAUAUGGAGGAAACCUGGCACCAACCCUACGGUGAAGCAUGGUGGUUGCAGCACCAUGCUGGGGGAAUGUUUUUCAGCGGCAGGGACUGGGAGGCUAGUCAGGCUUAAGCGAAUGAUGAAUUAAGCAAAGUAAAGCGAGAUCCUUGAUGAAAACCUGCUCCAGACCUCGGACUGGGGUGAAAGUUCAACUUCCAAGUAGAACAAUGACCCUAAGCACACAUCCAAGACAAUGCAGGAGUGGCUUCGGGACAAGUCUCUGAAUGUCCUUGAGUGACCAAGCCAGUGCCUGGACUUGAACCCAGAGAGACCUGAAAAUAGCUGUGCUGCGACGCUCUCCAUCCAACCUGACAGAGCUUGAGAGGAUCUGCAGAGAAGAAUGGGGAAAAACUCACCAAAUACAGGUGUGCCAAGCUUGUGUGAUAACCAAGAAGAGGCUUUAGGCUGUAAUUGCUGCCGAAUGUGCUUCAACAAAGUACUGAGUAAAUGUGAUAUUUCUGGGGAUUUAAAAUAUAUACAUUUAAUAACAUUUCUAAAAAAAAAGUGUUUUUUUUAUGUCAUAGGUUAUUGUGGGUAGAUUGAUGGAAAAAAUAUUCAAGCCAUUUUAGAAUGAGGCCAGGUCUUAAUACUUUCCUAAUGCACUCUGAUGGGAAGCAUGCGGGCAAUUAAAAAUUUUACUAAGAUUUUUGUGCUGUAUUACUCAAGUGAAAAAAAUGCAUAAACUAAAACUAGUAGUCUCUCGUUGAAUGACAAACAAUUCAAAAAUCCCGUCCUUAGUUCCCACUCCUGCUAGGAGUAGUACUGUUGACCAAUAACCGACGAAGGGGCGUAGAAUUCGGCUACUAAAGUUCGAACUGCAGCAAUAAUUUAUGUGCAUGAACACCAAAACGAAGAAAACUGUCAUAUAUAUAUAUAUAUGUAUAUAUGUAUAUAUAUGUAUGCGAACUGUUUAGACAGGGAAGCAUGCAACAUUUACCCCGCUUCUAGUCUCACGUCGAUUCAUUUGUAAAAAUGUUUACUGCUAUUUUACUAUGUUCGCGUUCCCCUGUUCAAACAUUGCGUCCAUCAACCACGGGUUGUGUGCCUCAUUAUCGACUGACAGAUUGCUAUAACAUAUGUGGUUAGCUGAUAAGUCCAAUACCGAUCCAGGCGUUGUACGAUCUGGCAGGCGUCAGCAACGCCUGGGCAGAGGAAUGCGCUGAUUGUAGCCAGAGAGAGUGGUAGGCCUAUUCCGAUGAAUCAGCAUUGUGACUGUAAGUAAGGUGGGGGGAAGGGAGAGGUAACUUUAGCUGGGUGGAACUUCCACAUUAGAGAGGCAUGGUUGUUUGUGCUAUCUGGGGUCCUUGGGACAUCUCUACCCUAAACCAUAACCUAACCCACGAUACCCCGUUUACAUUUCAAUGGGAUGAUGCCAGAGUUGGACGUCACAAGGAUCCCGGAUAGCAAGUACCAUGUUGAUAGAAAUCUCGGUAUUUGUAUGCGUCAGACACUGUAUGUUAUUCAACUCUCUGCCAAUGUAAUGGGCCUGGAGGAUGGCAUGCUGGGAUUUAUUUAUUUUGACUUUUCAAGACAACUGAAGAUACUAGGUUUAAUUUGUUUUAGUGUAGGCCGUCAUUUGUAAAUAAGAAUUUGUUCUUUACUGACUUUCCUAGUUAAAUAAAACAAAAUGUUGAAUUUACAUCCACUUGUGUAGAGGUCAAAUUAUCAUAUGGGGCCAGAAGACUAGUUGCUUAUUGUAGACAUGUUGUAAAAUUUGUUUUUCUAUAACUACUACAGUAGAAGGUUGAUUUCAAACUAAUGGUUAUAAUUUAUUUAUUUUUUUAUCUCGAUACUGGCAAUUUUUCAAGCCUAUCAAUCCUUUAUGGCCCUCUUGGAGUUUAAUGUCACUGUCAGAGAACUCUGCUGUCCUAUUUUACAAUAAACAUUUUCACUUUAAAAAAACUAUGUUACAAACAAAUUCCAAUCCACUUCAGGCAAUUUGAAAAUCAUUCAUGGUAAUCAUGUUUUUGUUGUGAUUUGCCAUACACGAGGUAGCUGGGAGUUUACUUGCCAUGGAAAAUGCUCAUCAUUUGCAGACUUCACCAUUUCAGAAGUGUGGCAACAAUGGGGUCAUAUUUGUGUCAGGUAGGCUGAUCUCCCAUGCCUUCAUCUCAACCGUGACUGACCCCUCUCCCUCAAUGUGUUAUCCUUAUAGUUAUCCUUAUAGCAAACAAUAUUUUCUUCUGUGAUCUUUGUGACUAUCAAACAAAUCAGCUCCAUCUGCAUACAAAUUCCACCCUUCAAUAUGAAUUUUUUUUUUUGCAUUACAGUGUGUGAUUCUUCGUUUUUGCCUGCAACUAACAUUUUGUUGUUUUGGUCUACAAAACGAUGCAUACUGCUCCUUGUCCUUCCAUCGUCCUGAAGCUCGAGCAACCUUCAGGUUCUCACCCAAUGCAAUGUGACACAAACUAUUUGCAUUGUUGAGGUAAAAGCGGGCAUUGUUAUUUGUAGCUGCUCUUUUACAGUUCCACAGCACCUGGUCCCAGUAGCCGAGUUCUAGUGUAUCACCCUCUUCCCCCCUUCUGCACAUACACAAGUCACCCAGUGACUUUGUAUGUAAUGUGCAUUGACGUGCUGGUGACUAUCAUGUGUUCUCCCUGCUCUAGCUGGAUGUUUGUCACAUUUAGGCUCCCGCCGCCCUGGUUGGCAGGCCGCUGUUGCUGGAGGCAAGUGUCCAACACUCGUCUCAGCACUGGAUGUAUGUACAAAGUGCUGUUUAGCCAUUAGCCAUUUUCAAUGUGUGUGUCUGCCAUUUUAUCUUUACUCAGCUGAAUUUUUCUGGUUAAUAUUACAAAAUGCUUGCAUCGGGAGUGGGAUCUCUUUUUCUGUUUAAGGCACUAUGUUAGAGUUGAUAAAGGUCCAAUUUCCACUUCUUCUUGUUUCGCUUUUCUUGCAAAUGGCUCCAGCAAGUCUGUGUUCAUAUUUGUUUCAGGGAUAUGUACUAAUGAUAAUGAUUUACAAAUACUGACAUUGGUUGGAAUAUGCUCUUGAUACUUUAACUAGGAUUUUUUUGUUUGUUGAAAUAAUCCUGGUUUGAAGUUGAUGUCACUCUGUUUUGUCUGUAAACAGAAAUGUAUUUUUGAAUCCCUUUGUCUUAACAGGCAUUUACUAAAAUGUCAUAUUGGAAGAUGUGCUCAAUGGAUGUUGGAUAAUCAACAAAGAUCCUAUCACUUCAGACGAAUGCCUUACUGGCAUUGUUCCUCUUUCUUUCUCUCUACUGUAGCACACAAACAAGCUUUGAGUUUGCUUCCUGUUUCAAGACUGGAGAGCUAGAGUGUUCUCCAAUCCCGAGAAUAAUGGUAGCAAACUCUACCAUCUUAUCAGUGUGGCGAUCUAAGUUGGAUGUUCCACUCAGCAGGCACCUUGCAGGUCUGUCUGAAAAGACCUGAAGGAGAGUUAAGAACAGAAGCAGUUUUUCAGUAACAUGCGGAAGCAAUGAGAAAAAGAGGAAGCCGUCCCAUAUAUAUGCCUGUGCGUCGCCGUAGGAAAGGGCUAACAUGUACUCCAAAGGCACCAAACGCAAGUUCUCUGAUGGUGUGGACAACAAGGCGGUGGCGGCAUCCUAUAGCCUGCAGCGCCAGUCCCUGCUGGACAUGUCCCUGCUCAAGCUGCAGCUGUGCCACAUGCUGGCGGAGCCCAACCUGUGUCGCUCGGUGCUCAUCGCCAACACGGUGCGCCAGAUCCAGGAGGAGAUGGCCCACGACGGCAGCUGGCAGGUGGUCACAGAGGCCUUAGGUGGCUCUGGCCAUGGCCCAUCUGACCGCUUGGUGGACACCGAGGUUCUGUGCCAGUCGCCGGAGCAGCAGGACGGUGGGCCUAGGCUAUACUCAGUGAUGGGCUACGAUGGCUGCCGUGAGGAGGAAGUGGUGACGGACAAGGCAAUGUGUUCUGUGGUGGUUGGCGACAGGGCCCCGGCCCUCCUGUUGGGGACCAUUGACCACUGCUGGGACAGGGGGGAACUGAGAGUGGAGGAUGGGGUCAGCAAAGACUCAGGUACGGGGGACGAGGAGGCAACGAGGUCUGGGGAGGGGGCUAAAAUGGCAACGGGGCAGGUGUUUGGGACUUUCGAGAUCAAGAACGGUGCCCCCGGGUCAGACCCGGCACUAGAGGAGCUGUUCUCUGACGUUGAUGCCUCGUAUUAUGACUUGGACACCAUGCUGACAGGCAUGCAGAGUGCCCCCAAGAUGGGGCCUUAUGACUUUCUGGACAGCUUGGCCUCCUCACACGGCUCUGUGUCCAACUCCAGCUGUAGAGCCGAUCUCAAUGAACUUGACCACAUAAUGGAGAUCAUUGUGGGCUCAUAGCUUACAGACUUAAAACUCGAAUACUGUUUCAUUGAUCUUGUGCCACUGCCUUUUUGUCUUGUAUGUGCGGACAUACAGUAUUUACACACUUUCCUCUGUAUGGAAACUGAGUGAAAUCCAUCUCCGUGCAAUGAAAUGUUCAUCUGAAAAGGUUCACGCUUUCUCAAGUUCACCAUCGUUUUUCUUAUGUAUACGUUCUUUAUGUUUGUAUUUGAGUGUGUUCUCUCUUCUGUUUUUUUUUAUUGUCGUUUCUGGUUUAAUUUAUUGUACUUAUUACACUACAACAAUUCAGAGCAGCACAACAUAUUUACAUGAACUAUACAUAUUUUCUUUAAAAAUAUAUAUAAGAAAAAUAUUGUUAAAACGUUUCUGUAAAAAUAUACACAUAUUUUUUUACUAAAGAGACAGUCUGGGAAUUGUUCUUUUUUUUCUAUAUCCAGAACAAUUGCACAAAAGCUCUCAUGUACCUGUUGUCUUCCAAAGGUUUAACUUUGAGCUACAAGAGUAAAGAUGAGCUACAAGAGUAAAGAUGCAUUGUCGAAAACAUGAAUUGCGUUCAGUAUGCUCACAAUGUGAUGCACCCUUGUCUUGGUCUAUGGUUUGGUGCUACAGUAUAUGCACCAUGUACAGUAUUCCUUAUAAACACAUUGCCUUCUUGAGCCAUACAGUUUGUUUUUGCACCACGUCUAGCUUAACCUCACAGCCUAGCAUGUGGUGCCAUUUGUUUGCUAUUAGAAAUAACCUAUGUUCUUAUAUUUGGCUCAUUACAAAUGAAGAAUUGUAAUGGGUAUAUUUCUCAUUUUAUGUUAUGACUUUUAGCCUAUUUUAUUUAUUAAGUGUAAACAUAUGGUGGCGGUAAUACUUAAGGUAGAAGAAGCUUUUCAGCUUUCUGACAUGAAUUGAUAUUUUGAAAUCAUAAUGAGUUUCUGGACUUUCAUGCAUACUUUUAGUGAAGUAAUUACUUUCUUAUUCAAAACAAACUGAGAACAUGUAAAGAAUUGUGCUAUUCAGCUGACCUAUUCCAACCAUUUUUUUGUUUGUUUUUUUAUUGCGUUCAAAGCCUGCACGCAGGCUCAAGUUAAUAUUGUGAGAACAACUGAUUGCUGAUUAAACAGACAUGAGGUGGGAGAUCUCACAUUUCUUUUUGAUAAAUAAGUACUGUACAUUUUACAUUUGUGACCAUGAGCUAGAGUACAUUUAGCUUUUUUAAAUACAAGUAAACUGUAGCAGUUUUUACCAUUUUUAAUAAAGGUUACAACAUUAUCGUAAUAUGAA